AUGCGUUUCUCGCAGGAUUUUGCACGGAUUCUGGCAGCGACACUACCUGUAGCUGCUUUAGCCACCAGUUCUUUAUCAUCUGCUACGACUACCUCGGCUGUCUCGACUAUCGUGUCCUGUACAACCGCAGCCCCGACCAACCUGGCCGAUGGAGCCCUAAUCGAUAUCUUCCAAAUGUUACAGGGAUUUGGAUCUAUUGUCAAUAAUGCCGACGUAACACCACAAUCUUACCAAGGCGGGAUUGCGAUGUUUCAAGGCAGCAGAGAGUAUGUCGGCGGAGACACCUAUACUUUCUCAAUGGACUGGCGUGCGGAAAGUGAUACUGCACAGAGCUGCUCUGUAAAGUUGUAUCUGGAUAACUUGGCCCCGGGGACCUCCUCACCCUUUUAUUCCCAGCAAUUUUCUGCAUCACUCAGUACAUGGACUACCAUUUCGGCCUCUUUUACACCGCCUCAAAAUUCUGCAGGGCAUCUUGUCACAAUCUCUAUGAUAUGUACAGGUCCCUCGUUCAACUACGUUGUCGACAUAGGCAAUUUCCACCUUGAUAACGGGAUUCCAACUACUUCCUGCACUACUAGUACAGUGACUCUAACCCCGUCUGCCACACCGUCAAUCAUACCGUCAGUCACGCCGUCUACCACUCCCUCUGUCACGCCAUCUGUGCUGCCUUCAACCCCAGCCUCUAUAGUUUCUUCGGUCCCAGUUUCCAGCUCUUCCUCCUUGUCUCCGAUCAGGUCUGCAUCCUCAUCGCCUCCAUCGAGCCCUGUCACUCCGUCUGUCACGUUCAUCAGACCGUCGAUCUCAUCCUCUAUUACUGUUGCUUCUUCAGCUGCAGCCUCCAGUGCCGUGUCUUCAUCUCCGAUAAAAUCUGCCGGUCCUUCUUCAGCAACCAUAUCAGUACCUGAUCGUUCGUUAAGUUCACCUCUGGAUUCCUCAUCUGCCACUCUUUCGCCUACAGUGAGAUCUUCAAUUAUAUCCAGACGGCCAAUUUCCUCUUCAGUACCUAUGAUUUCAAGCUCAGCUCCUGCUACACCGCCAGUGAGAUCCUCGAUCAUAUCUAGAAGACCAAUCUCUUCUUCGGUGCCACUCAGUUCUAUUAUUUCUUCAGCAAAUGUGAUCUCGUCAAGCGCGACAUUGGCCUCCUCGGCAAUAGUCACUGGUAUCGGUUCUUCAGCUGUGAUAUCAAGCUCGACUGAUGUUUCACCAUCUGUCACUGACUCGCUGCCAGUCAAAUCUUCGGUUAUAUCCGGAAGGCCAAUUUCUUCUUCGGUACUCACCUCUACUAGUCCUUCAGUACCUCUGAUUUCACCAAGCUCGGCUUUGGAUUCUAUGUCUGCCACUUCGAUAUUAACCCAAUCAUCGAUUCCUUCUGGAGGUUCUGAUGCCUCCGGCUCUAAGUCAAAUUCUUUGACUAUCUCAUUCAUUCCUGUUACUUCUCCUAUCAUUUCCUCGCAGAGCGCAAGCACAAUUGUUCAUAUCCCUUCCGGCUCUGCUUCGAUCAGCCCCUCGGCUUCAGUUCAGCCCGGCUCUAACUCUGGCUCUGGCUCUGGCUCUGGCUCUGGCUCUGGUAGCUUGACGGCUAUCCCUACUAUCACUCAAACGCCUGGAUCCGGAUCAUCAGCUCUUCAGUUUACCACAUCAACCGUUCUCACCACUCGUACUGCCACUGUGAAAGCCUGUCCAUCAUCUUUUAAGGACUGUCCUGCCUCUCAGAAGACAACAUUUAUCACCACUGAGACCAUUGUACUCUCGACUACCGUCUGCCCUAUAACGGAGUCAGCUGCCACCACUACCUCAGCAUCACUUCUCAGUGGCAGCUCCGUCGGCGAAGAAUUUCCAAGCUCCACAGUUUUUAGCACACGCACUUCAACUAUAACAGCCUGUCCUACUACCGUCACAAAUUGCCCAGCAUCAGCAAAGACAACCUACACCACCACAGAGAUUGUCUUAGUCUCUACUAUCACUGCUGUAGGAAUUCCUACGAUAACGGCUAGCCCCAGUGUGGGGAAGGGUACCGAGACUAUCGUGACUGGAUCCGCCUCCUCCUCUCUUUCAGGAGCAACCCCUGGCUCUGAAGAAUACACAAUUUCCACGGUUUUCACUACUCGCACUUCUACUAUAACUGCUUGCCCUUCGACUAUAACCAAUUGCCCAGCUUCAGCCAAAACUACCUAUGUCACCACUGAGACUAUAGUCCUCUCGACUACAGUUUGCCCUGUGACUGCAGCACUAGCUACUGCCACAGCAGGCUCUGAAGCCAUUCAAACGAUUCCAGGACUGAAGGCAUCUGCAAGUGAGACCAAAGCUAUUGGUGGAGUUAAUUCGACAUCAGGAAUUACUAUCACGGCCACUUUGCCUAGUAGUGCAUCGUCUUCAGCAGCUCAAGCUGGGGUUGACGCGGAUUUCGCAUCUCAGUCCAACCUUGUGAACUCUGUCAAUAUGAUCUAUACUGCUACAGUCCAGCCUAUCCAUAGUUCUUACGGCCUGAAAAGCUCGACUCUUGCCAGUUCAGUGCUUGCCAGCUCAAGUUCUACUAGGAAGACAUCCACUACCAGCUCCGUGGGACCUCUAUAUACUGGUUCAGCAUCCGCUAUCAGGCUUGCGAUGUCUUCUACGACUGCAGCUUUGGCCACCCUUCUUAUGACUCUAGUUCUUCUGUGA